AUGUGGACGACCACCAGCGGCUUGACCGGUCGAUCGCUCCGGGUGAGCAUCACCAUCGCCGCUGUCAUGGGUUUCUCGCUCUUCGGUUACAACCAGGGCAUGAUGGCUGGCCUCCUCAACGGCGACCAGUUUGUAACCUCCUUCCCGAUCCUCAAAAUGCCCAAACCUGCGACUAAGUCGCAAACCCAUUACGUCAACGUCAUCCGGGGUGCUGUCACAUCCUGCUAUGAGCUUGGCUGUUUCUUCGGCGCGUUGUUCUCUAUGUUCUUCGGCGACAAACUCGGCCGCACUCGCCUGAUCUUUGGAGGUGCCAGCAUCCUGAUCGUUGGUGCCUUGCUUACAACAGUCUGCUUCACUGGUAAAUGGGAAGUCGGUCAGUUCGUCAUCGGCCGUGUUGUAUCAGGCAUUGGAAAUGGUAUGAACACGGCCACAAUCCCGGUCUGGCAAUCGGAAUGCUCCGGUGCUCACAACCGUGGUUUCCUCGUUUGUUUCGAAGGUGCGAUGAUCGCUGGUGGCACCUUUAUUGCCUACUGGGUAGUCUUUGGUGUCUCGCACGCCGCGGAUACCGUCCAGUGGCGAUUCCCCGUGGCGCUCCAGAUCUUCUUCGCUCUGAUGGUGGCUGCCGGUGCCUUGUUGCUUCCGGAUUCCCCCUCGUGGUUUGUGAAUCAAGGAUAUGACAAGGAGGCCUGCUUGGUUCUCGCUAAGCUCAAUGACGCCGCUCCUGAUUCUGACAAAGUCCUUCACGAGUUCAACUUCUUGAAGGCGGAUGUGGAAAACUCGAAGAAGGCACAGUCAAGCUGGAAGACGGUAUUCACGUUCGGCAAGACCCAGGAAUUCCAGCGCCUUCUUGUUGGUUGCUCCGGCCAGUUCUUCCAGCAGUUCACCGGUUGUAACGCCGCUAUCUACUACUCGACGCUACUUUUCCAGGAAAACCUACACCUGCCCAAAUACCUGUCUUUGAUUAUGGGUGGUGUGUUCGCUACCGUCUACGCCCUUGCAACCAUCCCGUCCUUCUUUAUGAUUGAGAGAGUUGGCCGUCGCAACCUAUACUUGAUUGGUUUCCUGGGCCAGGGUCUCAGUUUUGUCAUCACAUUCGCUUGCUUGAUUAAGGAGAGUGAGGAGAACGCCAAGGGCGCUGCCGUUGGCAUCUUCCUCUUUAUUACCUUCUUUGCAUUCACUCUCCUACCAUUGCCCUGGAUCUACCCACCCGAGAUCAACCCCCUCCGUACCCGUACUGUGGGCGCGGCGGCAUCGACCUGCACCAACUGGAUGUGUAACUUUGCCGUGGUCAUGUUCACCCCUCUUUUCGCUGGCCAGAGCCCAUGGGGCGUUUAUCUCUUCUUCGCACUGUUCAACUUUAUCGGCUUGAUCUUCGGCUUCUUCUUCUACGUUGAGACCGCCGGCCGUGAGCUUGAGGAGAUCGACAUCAUCUACGCCAAAGCCCAUGUCGAAGGCAAGAUGGCGUGGAAGGUUGCCAACGACAUGCCCAAGCUCAGUUUCGAAGAGAUUACUGAACAGUCUCGCGCGCUGGGCUUGAGUACCAACGAGCAUGCAGCAGCUGAGAAGAGCGAGCUUGGCCUGAGCAGUGACAGUGGCCAGGAGAUCGAGGAGGUCCACGAGAAAUAG